AUGUGGUUCUGUCUCACAAAGGCCUCCAGUAAUAAAGCAGAAGCAGAGACGUGUUCGAGUGAAGAGGAGCGAGCUGCGUCUCCAUCAGGAUGGAGUGACCAGGAACACACUUCAGCAGAGCAGUCCACAGAGAGAAAGCAGCAGCGACGUUCAGUUCGAAGCCGCUCUGAGUCAGAGAAGAGCGUGGAACCAGUGCCAAAAAAGAAAGUGAAGAAAGAACAGGCUGAAACGGCACCUCAAAUGGAUUUCAAAACCGGGUCACAAAAAGGAGCCAGUGAGAUCUCAGACUCAUGUAAACCACUAAAGAAACGCAGCAGAGCAUCUACUGAUGUGGAGAGCUCUCUCUACAGAGACACUUCAGACUCCGACUCCAGAGGCCUCAAUGACCCACAGACGGGAUUUGGGAAACGCUCAGACAGUCCUGCUACAGUGGAUGCAGACGGAUCUGAUGCGCAGUCUGUGGACUCCAGCCUGUCCCGUCAAGGAGGAAGCGCCUCCAAAAAGGACACAGUUUGCCAUGUGUGUGAGACGUUCGGGGAUUCUUUGGUGAGCUGUGAGGGAGACUGUAACGGGCUGUUUCAUCCAGAGUGUAUGGGAUCCAACAGCGGAAAAGAGAGUGAAACAGUGUGUCAGGAGUGCAAGACAGGUUCCCAUCCUUGUUUCUCCUGCAAGGUCACAGAGGGUGAUAUGAAGCGGUGCUCAGUGAACGGUUGUGGCCGUUAUUACCAUGAAACCUGUGUCCGGAAGUACACCGGCUCCGCCUCUGACACCAAAGGCCUCCGCUGCCCUCAGCACAGCUGUGCCACUUGCUGUCUCGACAGAGACCUUCAAAAGCUGGCAAAAGGACGUAUGAUGCGAUGUAUCCGCUGUCCAGUGGCCUAUCACACAGGAGAUGGCUGUGUGGCGGCUGGCAGUGUUUUGAUUACACCGCAUAUCAUCAUAUGUAGCAACCACUCCAGUUCCAGAAAGAACGGACACUUUUCUUCUCCUGUAAACGUAGGCUGGUGUUUCAUCUGCGCUCGAGGGCUUUUAGUGCACGACCAUACUGACACCAUAUUAGGUUCAUAUACCUUUAAGUCGCACUACCUUCUGACUGAGUCAAAUCGUGCUGAGUUGAUGAAAUUACCUAUGAUUCCUUCUUCUUCGUCAGCUACCAAAAAGAAUAUUGGGAAAGGAGGAAGACUGUUGUGUUGCGAGGCCUGUCCCGCCUCGUUCCACCCUGAGUGCUUGAUAGAGAUGCCAGAGGGGACGUGGCUGUGUGGCGAAUGCAAAUCGGGCAAGAAGCCCCACUAUAAGCAGAUAGUCUUGAAGCUGGGCAACUACAGAUGGUGGCCUGCUGAGAUCUGCAACCCUCGCCUGGUUCCCUCCAACAUCCAAAGCCUGAAGCACGACAUUGGUGACUUUCCAGUCUUUUUCUUUGGAUCCCAUGACUAUUACUGGAUAAACCAAGGCAGAGUUUUCCCCUACGUUGAGAGCGAUAAGAACUUUGCAGAGGGACAAGUCAGCAUCAAUAAGACAUUUAAAAAAGCACUUGAAGAAGCAGCAAAAAGGUUCCAGGAAUUAAAAGCACAGCGAGAAACCAAGGAGGCCCUGGAACAAGAGCGCAACUCUCGCAGACCACCACCAUACAAACUUAUAAAGUCCAACAAGCCAUUUGGGAAGGUGCAGUUGCACGUUGCUGACCUCUCUGAAAUCCCACGCUGCAACUGCAAACCUACAGACGAGCGUCCGUGCAGCCAGGACUCACAGUGCCUGAACCGCAUGCUGCAGUAUGAGUGUCACCCCCAGGUCUGUCCCGCUGGUGACCGCUGCCACAACCAAUGCUUCUCCAAACGCCUCUACCCCGACACUGAGGUCAUCAAGACCACUGGCCGAGGAUGGGGCCUGAAGACCAAGCAGGAUCUCAAGAAGGGUGAUUUUGUCAUGGAGUACGUUGGUGAACUAAUCGAUUCGGAGGAGUGCAAACAACGAAUAAGAACUGCUAAUGAGAACCAUGUGACCAACUUCUACAUGCUUACCCUGACGAAGGACCGUGUGAUCGAUGCUGGACCCAAAGGGAAUUUGUCACGCUUUAUGAACCACAGCUGCAGUCCAAACUGCGAGACUCAAAAGUGGACGGUGAAUGGAGACGUGCGUAUUGGACUCUUCACUUUGUGUGAUAUCCCUGCUGACACAGAACUGACCUUUAAUUACAACCUGGACUGUCUGGGUAAUGGGAGGACAUCCUGCCACUGUGGCUCCGAGAACUGCAGUGGUUUUCUUGGAGUCAAGCCCAAGAGUGCAGUGGUUAUGGAGAGGGAGGAGAAGGUGCGCAAUGCUAAACUGAAGCCCAAGAAGCGCAAGCUGAAGACUGAGAGCAAGCAGACCCAUGAGUAUUACUGCUACUGCUGUGGUGAAGGAGGAGAGCUGGUCAUGUGUGAUAAAAAGGACUGUCCGAAGGCUUACCAUCUCCUCUGCCUCAACCUGAGCAAACCUCCAUAUGGACGAUGGGAAUGCCCCUGGCAUCAGUGCAGUGUGUGCCAGCGCACCGCCACCUCUUUUUGCCACUUCUGUCCCGCUUCCUUCUGCCGAGAGCAUGAGAGAGGACAGCUGGUAGUGUCUGCGCUCGACAAGCUGCCCUGCUGCUCCAACCACGACCCCAAGAGACCCUUAGGACCCCAGUCGAACCGCAGCCAGGUCACUGUAAAGAAGGAGCCACUCGACGGCAACGCCAAUGAGGAAGAGGAAGAGGAGGAGGAGGAAACAGGAGACGGGGAGUGAUUUGGCCAAAGCAUCAGAAAACCACAUCAAGCUACACGAAAGUUCAAAGUAGUCGACACAUGCAGCUCUCUGGUCCACUUCAAUUAACCCAAGUGGAUUUGAUAAACAGGUUUGAUUCAUUCCAAAUCUGGUGUGAAUUUUUUCGAAUAUAUCACAAUUUACGGCCUCACGUCAAUUUCAUACGGGCUUAUGUAACAUCGUAAGCGACUCAUUUCUGGUUUUCUAAGCAAAAUUUCACAGCUAAUUUUCUGACGUGCUUUGUUUCGGCAAAAAAACACAAACAAAACGCCUCGGUUAAAAGACGCCUUCAGCGGCAAGGUCAGUUUCCAUAUAUAUGGUACUUAAAAAAACACUCUAUAAACACUUUAAACCAAGAACUUUAUUUAUGUACCUCAUGUAAAUAGCAAAGACUGUUGUAAUAUGUGUCGGGCGCAACCGUUCGCCCCUCGCCGGUAGGAUUUCACUACAUGUCCGAAUACGAGCCUGUCGUGUAACAUCAAAAUAAAACAACAAAAAAAAAGAUCGAUUCAAAAGACAUACGAGGUUUGUUCAACUGCCGCCCCAUUCCAGUGAGUUUGUGAUUUGUAAGAUAUAUAAUCAUUAAUAUAUUUAUGUCGAUGUUUACAUCCAUUCACAAUGUACAGUAUUAUUCAUCUGUAUUAGUCAAUUUGAUAUCACUAAUCGUAUUGUUGUAUAUGUGCCCUUUUUGUCAGAGAAAUGACAUUAUUGCUUGGCCGGUACUGUAUUGCCGUCAUCUUCCGGUCCAUCGAGUAAAGACACAGCGUAAUUAGAGUUAAAAGUGUUAGAAAAUAACCAUCAGCCGCCGAGAAGAUCAGUUCUGACGUGUACUAGCGGUAACGUUUGACGGUGUAGUGUUAAACCACAUAUACUCCAACACUGCCAUGUGUCUUAAACAGAUAUUUACCAUUGUGAGUAUUGACCAGGUGCCAGUGCGUAAUAUCACACACACACACACACACACACACACACACACACGAGGAACCCAUAUCAUUUUUACAAGCAGCGCAAGUUGUAAGACUGUGAGUACAAUCUUUAAUGUGAUUUUGUUUUCAUUUUCCCGAGUGUAAAUAUCAGACUAUUCGGUUUUUGGUUUCACGCCUAGUAUAUCGCUGUACAGUCGAGACUCAUUUCAAAGAUUUUUGUUGGGUAUCGUUUUCGGAUUCUGUUCAGUUGUGAUGACUUUGCUAAAAAGCGAACUAACGUGGAAGAGGCUGUACAACUGACAGCAGAGUGUAGCAUAAUCCUCUGUGUGAUUUGUACUUGAUGUGAAUCUACUCAAUAGCUUUGCCUGUGCUGUAAAGUGGAACUGUUACUCUCUUGUUACUGGUAGCUGUGCGGAUGAAGACUCGAUCUCGACGGCUUCGGCACAUGGGCUUCGUUUACGUAAUAGUUAGUCAUUUCAACAUGAACUUUUUUUUAUAGGCCACAGUACAAGUAUUAUAUGUGAGACGCCACCACCAGUAUGUUUGUCACUUUAUGGAAAGGAGGGAAAGCGCUGCAAGUUUCAUUUUACUUGAAUCAUAAUGCCCAUUCUGCCUUUGUUCAUUUCUCUAUUUAUUCUUAGUUUUUUUUUGUCUCGAAAUGGAGGGUUAUUGGAGGAUAUCAGUGGAAGCAUCUUUCUGCCACAGACGGUUAUUGUGGUUUGGGUGCUCGCUGCAGAGCCACUUGGCUGGAGCUCAUCUCCAAUGAGGAGGAGUUUGAGCUCCAGCUCCUCCUCCUCCUAUAAGCUGUUUUAAUUUGUACGCCUAUCCCGCCCCUAACCCCAACCCACAGUGACAUCAGUUGUACAAAAAGGGCAGCAAGGAGGAGCUGGAGCUCAAGCUCAGCUCUGCCCAUGUGGCUCUACAGUGAGUACCACUUGGAGAUUUCACAAUUCUAGCUUUUUUAUUUAUUUAUUUUUAAAUCACUUUAUUUUGAUGGUCCCUUUAACGCAUUUUGUUGAAUUUAAGUUACAUUGCAUCUACAUGCCAACUAAAUCUCAAUAGAUUAUAAGUAGACUAUUAGGUUGGGGGUUGGUGUAAAUUGACAUGUACUUCCAAAGUUUCUUAUAGUCUGUUGAAGGAGCAGUAUCAGCAUAUUAAGCAGACAGUCUACUAAUACUCAAAUGACAAGUAAAUGGCAAUGCAUCUUUAACAAAAUGUGCAAUGGGACCAUCAAAAUAGUGUUACCGUUUUUUCCUCCAACAAAUCAGAGAAAAAUGUUGAUUGUGAAAAAUAAGAGUAAACCUAAUGACUUCAAAUAAAAAAUCUGAAUUCACAGGUUGAAAUUCAGAUUUGCAUCUUUAACUCUAGCAUUUAUGAUUAUUUCUUACAUUUCUGAGGUUUUCACUUCAUAAUUCUGACUUCUUCAUCUGAAGUUUACAUCUCAUAUUGUUUUUUUGUUCUGUGUAAUUUUAAGUUUUUGUCUUGCAACUCAAAUUUCAAUUGUUUUCAUGAUCGAAAGCUUUUCACUAUUCAUCCUAUUGCUGAGAUUAUAUCUCAUAAUUCUGACGUAUUGUUACUCUGCUCCCCCUCAUAAUCCAAAAUUGAAUAUCAGUAUUAGGAAAAACUUUUAUAAUCAGUUUCAUUUGUGUUUUCCGAAUUAUUUGCAAUUUUGAGGGUUUUUUCUGGAGCAAAAAAAAUUGAAUGAACAACAAAGUUACUUCUGAAUUUAUAUCUCACAAUUCCACAUUUUGCUAAUUUAUCGGAUUACUUGAAAUCCUGAGGUUAUGCAGAUCUGCCGUUGUCAGUUCUCAUUCAAUUUGAGAAGCGUAAAGUGAAGUUGACUCAAAUUUCAAUUGUUUUCAGGGUUGUAAGUUUAUUAGCCUUUUUCCAAUUCAUCAUCAUCAUAUUGCUGAGAAUAUAUCUCGUAAUUCUGACAUUUUUCUCAAUUGUGACCUUCCUUUCCCUUAAUCCAGAGUUUUUCACAAUUCAGAAUUUCAAUUUUGUUUUAUAUUCGCUAUUUCUUUGGUAUUCUUAUAAUUAUUUCAAUUAUUUGCUUUUUUUCAUUGCAAUUUUGACUUUUUCUUUUCUGGAGCAAAAACAAAGUUAGUUCUGAAUUUAUUUCUCACAAUUCUGAGUUUAAUUUAGCAGAUUUAUUGGAUUACUUUGAGGUUGUUAUGCUGAUCAGACUUUAGUAAAGUCAGAGAGUAAAGUUAACCCAAAGUUGAAAGGAACUCAAAUUUCAGUUGUUUUCAAGUUUGUAAGUUUAUUAACCUUUUCACAAUUCAUCAUAUUGCUGAGAUUAUAUCUCAUAAUUCUGACAUUUUGUUACACCACUCCCCCUCAUUCAGAAUUUCAGAAUUUUUGUUUUAUAUUCGCUAUUUCAUUGGUAUUCUCAGAAUUUAAAAUUUUUUGCUUUUUUUUUUUUUUUU